AUGAAACAAAGGCUUUUUUUUCAUGCAUUACCGUUGUUUCUUGCUGUACUGUUGGCGUUGAUAUGGAUGGGACCAGCAGUAGUAGAAAUUUCGGGAAAGAUUGUACAGAUACAGGUCUUGUCGAGACACUGUGAUCGAUCUCCUGUUUCAUUGUAUCAAAUUCCGAAUGAUCCUUGGGAUUGGCAGAAUUAUUUGGCCAUGUAUUCGUAUGCGGGCGGCAACCAACCAUCUGUGAAGGUGCCUUUUGGACAAGGCCAACUCACUGGUCUAGGGCUUCAACAAUGUUUCCAAGUUGGACAACAAUUCAAUCAAAGAUAUCUUUCUCGUGUGUUGAAUUCCAAUGGAGCAAAUGUAGCAAAUCCUAAUGUCAUUGAUGGACUCGUUUAUCCAGUGAAUAAUGAUGCAACUUCAACUGCACACUGGAAUCCUCAAGAUUUUAGAUUCUAUGCCACAGAUUACGAUCGAACUUUAUUUUCAGUUUUUAGUAUUGCACAAGGAAUGUUUCCACUUGGUACAGGACCAGUCACAGAUAUUUCAAUCAAUGGUCAACAAAAUUCAUUACCCAAUUACUUACAACCCAUUCCUGUGCAUACACAAUCGUCAAUGAACGAAUUGUGGAUGAGUGCCUAUGGAAAAUGUCCAACCAUUGAUCAACGAAAUGCAGAAAAUGAACAAUCUCCAGAAUAUUUGAACACAAUGCAAAAAUUUAAGCCAUUCCUUACAGAACUUUCGAACUUGACUGGAAUUCCAUUUCAAAACGAUCUUAUUACAUCCUCAACACAAAAAUCAAACAAAAAUGCAGGAUUCUUGUCUUCUUUGUGGUUUUCUGAAUCUUCAAAGAAUCAAGAACAAUCCAUUCCCUUCUACAAACUCAUUUCCGAUCCUUCCUUACUGCAACACGAAAUGACGAGUCGUUCAGACACGACCUAUCCUGUCUUCAAAAAACCCAUUGACUUUUCCUCUCUCUACAUUGUCUAUGAUCUUCUCAUGGUACAAAAAUCUCACAACAAACUCACUCUUCAAGCCAUUCUCGACGCGUGGGAUCAAGUUCAACAACUCGGCAAUGUAGCCACACUCGAAACAUUCUCAAGAAAAGUUCAAGGAAAACUUGGAGGAGGACCACUCGUACAGAAAAUAAUUGUUGAAAUGGAUAAGAUGGUAAAUUCAUUGAUUGGAGGUGGAAUUUCAACACGAAAACCUUAUCCCUAUGGACAAGAUCCUGAUGAAAAUACUUCAAUUCCAUACAAGUAUUUGCAUUAUAGUGCUCAUGAUGUGAGUAUUUUGUCAUUGAUGGCCGCUCUGAGACUCACGGAAGAUUAUGAAGAGUUGAGAAAAAUUCCACAAUAUGGAGCAAAUAUUAUUUUGGAAUUACAUCAAAGUGAUGCAAGUGUGAAUUCUCAAAAACCGACUGAAAAAGAUUUCUACGUUCGCAUUCGAUACAACAGUGGAUUCAAUGAGACUUCGUUUAAGGAAUAUUCGUUGUUGUCAUUGGGAGGAAAAGGAUGUCAAAAUAAUGCUGCUGGUUCUGACCCAUCCUUUAAUUGUUCAUUUACUAGUUUUAAGGAUGUUUGUUAUGCAGAUGCCAUUCCACAUGAUUGGUGUUCUGACUGUCAGAAUAAUAAGGCAGAUCUUUGUGUGAGAUCGUUAUAUGAAUCGAAACGAAGUGAGAAUACCAUUAUGAUGAUUAUGCUUCCUAUCGUGGGAGGUUUUUCAUUUAUUUUGUUGUGCUUUGUGACAGUAAUUUGUUUAAGGAGCAGUAAGCUGUCGAGAUAUAUUCGAGGAGUGUCGUCAACAACCACUCCAUUAACAGGUGAGGGUAUUAAUCAUGCAGGAUCUUAUUACACUUCUUUGAAAUAA